AAUUAACUCAAACAUCCUGGUUCGAGUUUUUGACUCAUCGAUUUAAGUGAUCGAUUUAAAUGCAGUUUCCAAAUAUUUUUGUUUAUUCAAUAGUGAACUUUCAUAUUUUGACUGCUCUGUCACACAACGGUACCCGAACAGGAAAUGGAUACCAGACGUUUAGACAGAAACGAUCAUUUGGCGUCAAAGAUGCGACUUGUAACUUGACCCAUGGCGCUUAUUUGGAGAGAUAUGACAGAAUCGAUUAUAAACGUGUCAAAUUUCUGUUGGCUGAUCCUCGAUACCCAAACCUACCGAGUUUUGCAACAUGUGUUCCAACAUUCGAACAGCCGUCAAAUUGGGCAGACUUCUUUGGGUCACGCUUAAGAACAUAUUUCGUUCCGCUACAGACAGGAAACCACUAUUUCUAUCUUUCAUCAGACGCCGGGAGUGAGCUCUACCUCAGCACGAAUGAAAAACCAGAAACUAAGUCGUUGAUAAAUUACGUAAGUGGAGGAUUUGCAACCUAUCAGUAUGAGUACGACAGGUUUACAAAUCAAAAAUCUCUACCUGUUUACAUGAAGAAAGGUAAAUUUUACUACAUGGAGGCAGUGAUGAAAGAUGACCACCAGAAAGAUCACCUGGAGGCUGCUGUUAAGACACCAGACGGACAAUUUUACAAAGUUAUACCCUCAAAAUUCUUGUGGACAACUUUGCCACUACCGCCUGAGAAAAACUCAACCUAUCAAGUAACGUUGCUCAAAGUUGCUGCAAGAGCUGGUGCAAGAGCUGGUUUGGCAUUUGGAGCUCAUUGGGGAAAGAGGAGUGGGGCGAAAGCAGGAGCUAAAGCAGGUGCCUUGGCCGGAAUAGAGGUAGGAGCAUCCGCCGGAGCUCGUGUAGGAGAAAAAGCUGCCCUACAAGUGAUCACAAAAACAAUCGAGGAUGGACUCAAUAACGUCUAUGGACAGAACUCGCACCGAUUUAAAAUUGUUGUAGAGAAUGGGAACGUGGUUUCCGUUACUAAUCCAACUUCAGGAGGCACUCCUGGAAGUGGGGGAUCAGGUGCUGCUGGAGGAACAGGGGGCGCAGCUGGCGUAGGAGGCAGAGGUGGCACAGGAGGCACAGGAGGAGCAGAGGGCGAGGGCGGUAUAGGGUUCGGAGGUACAGGAGGCGCAAUGGGGUCGCAAGCCGCAAAGGGCGAAGCGUAUGGAGGGGGAGCAGCAGCAUCGAUGGCUGUAAAAGGAGGAAGUGGCUCGUCACUUACUGUAGGGGUGAACGGAGGUGGCCAAGGACAAGUCAGUGCUGGAAGAAGUGAGAGCGCAUCAGGACAAGCAGGAAAUGGAGCAUCAGUUUCUGCUAAAGGUUCACAAGUGACUUCCGGUGAGGGAGUAGAUACUUCUCCUGUUUCUAGUAGCAACAAAGCUAGCUCUCAACCAGAUGAAUUUUUGGGGUUCCAGGAGGCGUCAUAUAUGUUAAAACCUGGAGAAGACGCACAAGCAAUAGCAAGACUGCUUGUGUGGAAACAAGGGGCUGCAAGCAAACUUGUUCAAGAUGGACUUUACACGGUCCACUCCUGGGAUAUACCAUACCCACAAGAAAAUGGCAGCCUUAACUUCUGUUGGCGUUCUUACAAUGGAAAAAUGGCUCUUAGACCAUUCUGUCAAGUGUUCUCCGUGCGAAUUCCUGCAUUGCAUCAAAAGGUUGAAGCGGGGAAAGAAACCGCUUCGUUUGAAUCAGUUUGCCUUCCAGGUUAUUUCUUGAGGCAAAAAAACUAUAAUUUUAUUUUGCAAAAACGUGAUGGAUCAGAAUUGUUUGAUAAAGAGAGUUCUUUCUACUUAGUUAGAGUGAUGAAGUUUAGUCGGAAUCUCCUGCUGAAAUCAAUGCACAAGGAUUGGUAUAUUUGCCAAAGUAGAGAUCGGCAACGUGAUCACAUCACACCUUUGGAGCUGGACUUUUAUAAUGGUGAUCCCGACGUCCUCGAGAGGUGUACAUUUUCAUUUUGGCCAGUUCCACCAUACGAAAACAAGCAAAAGAACUGUCGGAACGUUAUUGGACCGGAGAAACCAUUAACCAUCGUAGGACAACCACAACCCCAUCCUGCUCAUUUAGUUUCAGAGACCAGCGCCCAACCACUCCAACCCUCCUGCAUCCCCUUGUGUUCGUCUGGAGGGUUAACACCGGCGGCACCGGCAAUGUUUCAAGGAUCAACCAUAAAUGGUCCUUCGGAGCCUUCUGUCGCAAGUGGAAAAAGGAUGUGCGUUGCAUUAAACUUCAUAAACAACUUUGGACCUUCAUUUAAGCUCCUGUCCUCUCUUAAACAUGAAGCGUACCUUGUCACUGGAUCAGGAUUUAAGCUUAAACUCAUUAUAGAACGACCUGAGCUACAUAGCCAUGUUGCAUUCAGCGCUGAGGAUCCGACUGGAAAAAGCAAGUUACUUUUGAAUGAAGAAACAAGCAUAUCAGAAUCACCUGUCCCUGGUUGUCCUGUGUUUAAGGAUAUUUCAGUCACCAGGCAAGGUAGUGAUUCACGAGAAAGGCUUGGGAAAUAUGAGCCUUUCUCCUUGGGCACUCGCGUCUCGACAUCAACUUCUCAACCUCAUCCUCCACCACCUUUGUCACUUCUGCGCCCUCCCUCUCCUUCUCCUCCACCUCCUCCUCCUCCUUCUUCUCCUCUUCCUCCUUUCCCUCCUCCUCCUCCACCUGCACCUGCACCUCCUCCUCCUCCUCUUCCUCCUUCACCGUCCCCUCUUCCACCGCCAUCAUCACUAUCACCAGCCUCUUCUGCAUCAGUCGUUUCAGCAGUCCCUGCAGCCUCGGAAAUUCCAGAAAAAGGGCCUGGAUCCAUUCAUUAUCAUUACCAUUACACGAGGACACCCUUCCGUACUCUCGCGAGUUUCAAGAACGCUUCACAUUAA